CAUUGGAGUCUUUUCAAAGGAGUCAGCUCUUCACAUCAGGUGGCCAAAGUAUUGGAGUUUCAGCUUCAGCAUCAGUCCUUCCAAUGAAUAUUCAGGACUGAUUUCCUUUGGGAUGGACUGGUUGGAUCUCCUUGCAGUCCAAGGCUAUUUCUGAUGCUUGGAAGCUAUCCUCUCAGCCAUAAAGAUGGUAAUAAAUCUUUGUCUCCCACAGUUCAGACCAAGAAUUUACUGCAACAAGAUAUCAGCUGAUGGCUAUGAAGUAGAAAAUCUCAUCUCUGAAGACCUCACAAAGAGAAGUCAUGGUUUUAGGACAGAGUAUUUCAUUAAGCCACCGGUCUAUGUGACAGUUUCCUUUCCCUUCAAUGUGGAAAUCUGUAGGAUUAACAUAGAUCUCUCAGCUGGGGGAGGCCAGAAUGUCACUGGCCUGGAAAUGUACACAUCUGCCUUAUCCAGCAGAGCAUCUUGGAAUACCCCUGAGUGCCGGACCCUAGAUGAGCCAUCCAUUCCGGACAAGGAAGCAUUCACUUUGGUGGGCAAAGUCUUGUUGAAAAACCAGAGCCAGGUGGUGUUUAGCCACAGGGGCUUCAAGGCCAGGCCACCUUUUGGCCCAAUGGAAGCCACACUCCCCUCCCCUGCUGUUGUGGCCCAAGAACUCUGGAAUAAAGGGUCUCUUUCUCUUAGUCACGUGGCCCAUCUCAAGAUCUGUAUCACCCAUGUGACAGGUGGUGGUAUCCCUUGUAUCAAGCGGUUAGAGGUAUGGGGUCAGCCAGCCAAAACCUGCUCUCAGGAAGUAAUAGACAGUGUCCUGCUGGUUGCCUCAGAGAGUCUCCCUCAGGACUUGUCUUUACAGGCUCCAGCGUUGCCCAUGGAGAGUGACUGUGAUUCUGGGGGCCAGUCUGAGGGCCAGCAGGCCCCCUCUAGCCUACAGGAGCUGGCUGAGGUAAUUCGGGAUAUACCUGAAGAGUUCUUAGAUCCCAUCACCCUGGAGAUCAUGCCUUUCCCCAUGCUACUGCCCUCAGGCAAGGUCAUUGACCAGAGCACGCUGGAGAAGUGUAACCGCAGUGAAGCCACAUGGGGCCGAGUGCCCAGUGACCCUUUCACAGGAGUAGCCUUUACUCCACACUCCCAGCCCUUGCCUCACCCUUCCUUGAAGGCGCGGAUCGACCAUUUCCUGCUCCAGCACUCCAUCCCUGGCUGCCAGCUGCUCGGGAGAGCACAGACUGCAUUGGCAGUGGCCCCUUCUUCCGUUGCUCUGCCCUCUCGGAAAAGGAAGAUGGAGCAGGCCGAACAUGGCCCAGACAGUAGCCUUGGCUUAAAUGCUUCCUGUUUUUCUACCACAAGCCUUCUGGUCUCACCCUCUACCUCAGAGCACACUGCUAAGAAAAUGAAAGCUGCCAGUGAGCUCAUGGAUUGUUCAACAGGCCCAGUGUCCCAUGAGCAAAAACUGUCACAAAGCUUGGAAAUUGCCUUGACAUCAACCCUUGGCUCCAUGCCCUCCUUCACAGCUCGGCUGACCAAGGGACAGCUCCAGCACCUCAGCACAAGAGGGAACAAUACUUCCUGGAGGCCCGGCACCAGCUCGGAGCAGUCUGGGAGCAGCCUGGGCCCUGAAUGCACAUCCUGCAAAAGAGUGUUCUCCCCCUACUUCAGAAGGGAGUCUGCAUACCAGCUUCCCUGUGGCCACCUCCUGUGCCGGCCCUGCCUGGGCGAGAAGCAGCGCUCCCCGGCCGUGACUUGCACAGCCUGCCAGCAGCCGUUCGCCAGCCAGGACGUUCUGCGGGUUCACUUCUGAGUGAACAGCCUCAACCUGAGGAGACCCAUCGCUGGGGGGAGCUGAGGAGGAGUGACUGGGGGGCUCAGAGCUCCUGAGGUCUGGCCUGGUCCCAGGCAUGGGGUUGGGGGGGGCUCUGCUUUCUCCAGGGCUUCCCCUUUGUCUCCUCCCACAGUGUAGCACGUGGGCCUGCGGAGUGAGGGGUGGGGAAGGGGCCCUCUGCACCCACUCACGUGGCAAUAGGAUAACAAAGCCAUAGUUUGGGCUGGGAGGGAUGGGGGACAUGUCCCUGCCCCCCAGUGCCUCCCUGCCAGCACCCCUGCCAGAGCCCAGGGUCUGCUAGAGCCAGUCCCACACUGAGCCACACUCUGCACACACCUCUCAUCCUCCAAGGCGGAUGUGAGUGUGGCUCUGGCUCUCAGAGAGAACUUCCACUGUCAGUGUCACCCACAAGUAGAACACGGCGAGGAUCUGUGGAGUGAAUGACUCAGCCCCUCUGACUGGCAAACCACUCUGAGCCUUAAUAAAGCGAUGGUUGACGUCU